UGUGUGUGUGUGUGUGUGCUGUAUGUGUGUAUAGGGGGCAGUUGUUAACCUUCCUAUCAUAGUGUCACAUGCCCGCCACUGCAGACAGAGCAGGACAAAAACACAGAUGGAGAGACCUCGACUAAAGACGCACACUUGACUCUCUUCUCUUUCUUCUACUUCUAAUGUCUGAUUCACUUUUUGUCAAAAUCUCUUUUGUGCUACUCGUCCGCUUCCUCUUUUUCGACUGCUGCUGUUCCUGAAAUUUCUACUUUCAAUAUUUCUUCCUGUCUAACUCCUACUUCCUUGUCCCUCACUUACUCCCUCCUCGCUUCCUAUCUUUUGGAUGGAUAGCUACUCCCUCCUUUACAGUUCCUCCCACAGAACAGGACUUCUCUCCGGGUUCCAGCGCCUGCGUUCCCAGAGGAGGAUGUGUGAUGUCGUCCUGGAGGCCGGCGGCGUGUCUUUCCCGUGUCAUCGCGCCCUUUUGGCCAGCUCCAGCGACUAUUUUUGGGCUUUGUUUGGAGAGACAACCGCCGAGAGAUUAGCGUGUUCCAUUAGCCUACCGGUGCUAACGCCUGAGGGUUUAGACGCCAUUCUGGACUUCCUGUAUUCCGGAUGGCUAAACGUUUCACAGGCCACACUACCUGCCGUCUUGGAGGCAGCCAGGUACUUGCAGGUGGAACCGGCUGUGUCAAUAUGUGAGCAAUUUAUUAUUGACGGCCUAAAUGCAGAGAAUUGUUGUUGCUACGCUAACCUAGCCGAGCGGCACGCGCUCACAGAUGCACUUGAAGCUGCCAAUCAAACCGUCGCUGUCGAGAUGGGGAAAUUGCUAAAGGAAAGACAGGAAGACCUUCUCAGGCUGAACAUCCAAUCACUGAUGGCGGUGCUCGAUGCUGACGACAUUCCCGCCGUGAAGGAGGCAGAGCUUAUAAAGAUGGCUCUGGAUUGGCUGGAUGAAAAUGGACCCAUCCCUCUGUUGAAAUCAAACCUCCUGCUGAGUCAUCUACGCUUUGGAUUGGUUGCUUCGUCUGAACUGACUGAUCUUAGCCACGCCCACAAAGCCAUGGCCACGCCGCUAAUCAGAAGUCAGCUGACUCGGGCGCAGGAGUACCAUAGGAUGGGCUCAGCUCAGCCAAUUAAACAGAGCAGACAGUCCACCCUGAGAGCGUCGCUCAGUCGCGUGCUUCUUGUCGGCGGAGGAUCCAGCCCUGAUUGGCCGGAGCAGCAGUUGCUAGCGUUCGAUCCGAGAAGCAGGAGGUUUUCAUCGCUGAGCUCCAGCCUCCCGCUGCGACUGAGAAGUCACUGCGUGUGCUCGGUCGGAGGUUUCCUCUUCGUGAUGGGCGGAGAAGAAGCGAAGGACGGAGACGAGGAUGGAAAAAAGUCCGUCAACGUGGCAACAUCCAACCAGGUGUGGCGCUACGAUCCUCGCUUUGACCACUGGAAAAAGAUGGAGUCCAUGCUGGAGAGGCGGGCGCAGUUCACCUGCUGUGUGGUUGAGGAUGUUAUUUACGCUAUUGGUGGACGACACAAACGACUGGACACCAACGCGCAAACCUCUGUAGCGUCUGCUGAGUUUUACGACAUGGCAACAGGAGCUUGGCGGAGAGGACCAACAAUGCCUCGCCCACUUUAUGGCCAUGCUUCUGCUGUGCUCGACAACGCCAUCUAUGUGUCAGGUGGUGUUGCAGGACACCAGGAAAGCAGUACCUGCACUGAUUACCAGUAUGACCACAGAGAGAGCAGCAAAGAAUUCCUGUUCUGGGAUCCCAAUGGUCGAACCUGGGAGAAGAGAGCGCCCAUGUCCAUUGCCAGAUUCGGGCACCGCUUGGCAACCGCCCAUGGGUACAUCUACGCCCUGCUGGGAAUGUACGAGCCUUUCUGCGAUAUCGAACAAUACGAUUCGGUGUCAGACCACUGGACCCGCCUUCGACCGCUUCUCAUUGGCUCCUUCAACUACGGGAUGGUGACGACGUCGUCUGGGAAUCUGCUGGUGUUCGGAGGGAGGAAAUGGAGCGACGGGCGGGAGGUGAUUGUGAGGAGUGUGUUGGAGUACGAUACGAAGAAAGAUCGCUGGAGGGAGAUCUGUCAGCUCCCAAGACCUCUUACUGGGACUGAGUGCACCCUGCUGCCUCUACCGGACUGAAGUGUAGAAAGCGUAAGAACAUUUUAACAUGAAAGUGUGACCAUCAAAGUAGAGCAAACACUGUGUUAAAAUGGUCAUGGGACAAUACCAUGAAUUGUACCCUGAAUUUGUAUUUGACAUGGAAAAAACAUUUAAGUUUCGUUGAAAAUUAACUAUUGGGUUUGACUUUGAAAAGUGUAACGUCCAAACAACUUUAUUCCUCACAGGUUAAAGGCUUUAUAUGUGAUUUUCACACUUAAAUAUAUAAAUCAAGUAUAUCCUCUGAAAAUAACUCUGUGAGUCAUGACUGUCUACAAUGGGUGUAACACCCGAGUCCCACUGUCUGUGAUGUUUUCAGAGUUUUCAGAGUCCUAUCUUCAGUUUGUUUACAUCGCCUGAACAGCCGGCUGACUCCUCCCCUCGUGUAUAAAAGUUGUUUAAUUGAGGGACUAGAGAAAAGAAGAAUAACAUACUGUACUCACUGCUUAACUGUGUUUCUAGAUCACGCUCAUUUCAGGUAAAUUUACAUGCGGUGUGAAGAUACCAGCAUAAUAAAGAUCGCUAGCAUUAGCAUGCUAACACAACAAUGCAGCGCGAGUUGUUUUGGUUUCAUGCUGGUGCUCAAGGGCGACAUCUGCUGGAUCAAAAAAUUGCAUAUAAAGCCUUUAAACUUCGCUGCCUGUGUUGGGACAUUCAAACUUUUCAGAGGUUAAAAGUCAAAAAGUUGAAUUUCCGCCUAUUGUGCAAAAUAUUCCAAGCCAUUAAAUUUAAACCGAGCAACAUUUUAGUUUUAGUGAUAAUCUAUUACUUACGGGAAAAAAAUAGUUUGUUUGGGGAAUCCAUAUUUUUGUGUCAAAACAGAACAACCUCCUGUUAACUUUGUCAUUUAUAUACAUUAGUUUUUGUUGGAAAUAGAGUGAGCGUAGUGAGCUAAACUAGUGUCUGAAAGUAUAUUAACUCCAAUUGUUAUGUAAAAAAAGAAGAA